AUGGCACCGGACAUCCCCAAGAGCAUUCGACAGUGGAACGUCACUGCGAAAGACGGCAGAGAUGGCUUCAACGUGCUCAAGUAUUCCGAGCAGCCCAUGCCCGAGGUCGGCGACAGCCAGGUCUUGGUGAAGCUCCACGCAGCAUCUCUCAACUAUCGCGACCUCAUCAUUCCCCUCGGACAGUACCCCUUCGACACCGCCCCCAACGUCGUGCCCGGGUCCGAUGGUGCCGGCACUGUCGUUGCUGUGGGCAAGCACGUCACGCGCUUCAAGCCCGGCGACAAGGUCGUCACCCUCUUUAGCCAGCAGCACAUCGGUGGACCCCUGACGCCCGAGGGCGCCGCAUCCGGCCUCGGCGGCGCCCUCGACGGCACCCUCCGCUCAUUCGGCGCCUUUAGCGAGCAGGGACUCGUGCGUAUGCCGAGCAACCUGAGCCCGGCCGAGGCAUCGACGCUCCCGUGCGCGGGUCUGACGGCAUGGAAUGCCCUCUACGGCCUCUCGGAUAACCAAGUCACGGCCGGCCAGUGGGUUCUGACCCAGGGUACUGGUGGCGUGAGCAUUUUCGCUCUCCAGUUUGCAAAGGCUGCCGGCGCCCGAGUCAUCGCCACGACGGGGUCGAGCGAAAAGGUUGACGUGCUGAAGAAGCUCGGCGCCGACCACGUCCUCAACUACAAGGAGACGCCCGAAUGGGGCGCCGAGGCCAAGAAGCUGACGGGCGGCGUCGGCCUCGACCACAUUAUCGAAGUCGCCGGGCCCAAGUCUAUGGCCCAGAGCCUGGCAGCCAUCAAGAUCAGCGGUGUCAUCACCAUCAUUGGCUUCGUCGGCGGCCACACCAAGGAUCAGCCGGGAUUCAUCGAUUGCUUAACUAACCUCUGCACCGCCCGGGGCAUCCUGGUCGGCAGCCGAGCCCAGAUGGAGGACAUGUGCCGCGCCAUCGAGGCCAACCCGGACAAGCUGCGACCCGUGGUGGACAAGAAGACGUUCCGGCUGGAGGAGCUGAAGGAGGCGUACGAGUACCAGUUUUCCGGCAAGCACUUUGGCAAAGUCUGUGUCGAGAUUUCUUGA